AUGGGCCCACCAAAUGCCUUAUUCUCUGCCGCAGCUUUCACCGGGUUUAUUUUGGUAACGUCAGCCCUCCCAUGGCACCUCCAGGCAUGGAAUGUUGGAACGUGUUGUUAUAUGAUCUGGGUUGGACUAGCAUGCUUGAAUCAAUUCGUAAACUCAGUAAUAUGGAACGGGAAUGCACUCAACAUCUCGCCAAUAUGGUGUGACAUAUCUUCGAGGUUUAUCGUUGGAGUUGCUGUGGCGAUACCUGCGUCGUCUUUAUGCAUUAGUCGGCGACUGUACAAGAUUUCGAGUCUUCAGGCAGUUAGCUCGACUAGAGUGGAGCGACGCCGCGACAUGAUCGUCGACCUAUCCAUUGCAGUAGGGCUACCUAUCUUGCAAAUGAUAUUGCAAAUUAUCGUGGAAGGCCAUCGUUUUGACAUUUGGCAAGACAUUGGAUGUAUGCCAUUAACCUACAACGUGACUCUGGCGUACCCUAUUGUGUUCCUCUGGCCACUCGUUAUAGGGUUGAUCUCAAUGUGUUAUUCCAUACCCUCAAUUAUUGCUUUUCGCAAGCGCCAUUCUGAUUUCGUUCAAUAUCUUGCAUCCUCGAGUUCAUCCGCCAUGACCGCAAACCGGUACCUUCGUUUGAUGAUCCUCUCCUCUACUGAAUCUCUUUUAACCGUCCCGCUCUCUAUCUACGUCAUCGUCGUCAACGCUACCCUUCAGCCAGUGCAACCGUGGUUAUCUUGGGAGGAAACACAUUUCGAUUACUGGAGGGUGGGGCAGUUUCCUCGGGUGUUGUGGGCUGGUACGUUUGUAGAGGGAUCUCUGGAGAGCGGGCGGUGGAUGGUGGUAGUGUGUGCGUUGGUGGGCUGGGCCUUCUUUGGCACGGGAGAAGAAGCAAAGAAGUGGUACGGCAAUGCCGGGUCGAGGAUGUUGAAUGUCCUCAGGAGAAAGGGCAACGUCGUUAGGGCAUCGAUGCUAUCUGGGGGAACUUUGCCGGUUUACAUCCGCCCAGAGGUGAUAGAAAAGCGAUCAUCCCUCGAUACCUUUGCUUCCGUCAUCUCAGACGAUCUUCCAUCAUUCAAAACCGGCGAUUUACUAGUUCCAGGAAGAGACAUCACAUUCGGUUCUACUACGACGCUGGGGAAUGACACGGCGGACACCACUAUGAUCAUUUCAACCACAAACCUGGAUGGGAGUACAGGGCAAGGCUUGAAGGAUAUCGUACUGGAUAUCAGCUCCAGCUCGCCCGAAACCACGCGGCUGAGGUCGGACUCACUUCCGAGGACGGGGACGCCUUUACUCCCAGCUUUCGCGGUACCAGAUGAAUACACUACCAGCCCGUCAUCGCACUUCGCACUACCGCCCCUCCCCCCUGCUCCCACGCGCCCUCCCCCUCUCCCCCUUCAUAUUCACAGCAAUGGCGCCGCAUCAGUGAAACGGUCCGCGACAAUGUCCUCGAACGCGAGUGGACUGAAAUCCGGAGUUCCGAGUACGGCUACGACCAAUUGGUCCAGGAGCUCCGCGGCUAUAUCUGCUUCAGAAAUGUUCACGAUCCAACGGUACCAUCACGAAGAUGAUACGCUUGAGGACGACGAACGUGCACGCCGUGGGGUCGAGGAUAGGCUCAGCGUGUCUAUGAUUGAGGCCGAGGGCGCGAAUGGCUCAGCGUACGUAGACGGAAAAUUCCCGAGGUCGCCUACGUUAGGCGAUAGACUGUCCUUUCUAUCGAGGAAGACAACCCUCCGAAGGCCAUCGUAUAAGGCCAGUGACAUGCCCAGCACCAAUACGAAGAAUAAACCCCUUCCCGAAAUCAAGACAUCUCCCUCAACAUAUGGACCUUUCCCACCGCCGCAAGUAGGCGUGCCUGUUAGGCAACAAUCACCGUCACCCUCUUAUGCUGUGUUGUCCCCUCCAUCAGCACCGUUGUCUUCAUCCGACUCUCCUAUUCCUCCAACGCGGCAUAAUGCCCGACGAUUCCCAUUCGUUCGACCACAUCCAUUAUCUCUCUCUCCUCCCAAGAUUCGGAGAAGUGCCCACUCUUCAUUCCUGGAUUUGACUUUAUCGCCUGCGUCUGUAAGCGGGUUUUCCAUGCGUCGGUGA